ACUCCCUUAUCAAUUUACGCACGCUACUUCCUAAAUGCACAUUUGGAUAGGCCCGCGUCAAGAAUAAGGCGGUCCUACUUCAAAAUAAAGUUCUUUACUUACAGGAGGCGACUCAGUGUCAGGGAUAUCGGUGGGAUCCCGCUAGUCAAUAUUGACUAGGCUCCCAGGUGAAUACAUACUGUACAUCCACGGUGUUUAGAGUUGACCGUCAUGAACACCAAAGAAGUCAAAGAAUUGGACGGAUCCGCAGAGCAAGCCGCCAGUUUAUUCGGGGCGCCAACUAUGGAAAGUAACUCAGGACACAAUGGACACAAAUGGAAAAGUUCCCUCAAAUGGAAAGUCAUAACUGGGGUGCUGCUGCUGUGUCUUCUCGCCACCAUCCUGGCCUUCGUGUUAUCUAUGAGGCCGCACGUGAGCAGCUGCAGGAACCGCUGUGCGGCGGCCCGCAGCGGCGCGUCCGCCUCCUGCCACUGUGAGCCCACCUGUGAGGCGGCCGGGACCUGCUGCCGGGACUAUGAGGAGCUCUGCCAGGCGCCUGUCUGGCGAUUGAACUGCAGCAGGUCCCGCUGUGGCGAGCAGAGGUUGUCCUACGGUCUGUGCUCCUGCUCGGACGACUGCUUGCAAGAGGGCGACUGCUGUGUUAACUACAAGAGCCUUUGUCAAGACGGCGGGAAGACCUGGCUGGACCAGGAGUGUGAGGAAAUCGGACAGCCACAGUGUCCAGCCGGUUUCUCCAAGCCUCCGGUGAUCCUGAUCUCCAUGGACGGCUUCAGGGCCGGCUAUCUGAAGGCCUACGGGAGCAUGCUGCCCGUGCUCAGCAAGCUACGCCGCUGCGGUACAUCCACUUCACACAUGAGGCCUGUGUAUCCGUCCAAGACCUUUCCCAACCACUACUCCAUAGUGACAGGCCUCUAUCCAGAGUCUCACGGCAUCGUGGACAACAAGAUGUACGACGUGGGCCGCAACGCCUUGUUCAGCCUCAGAGUUCCGGAGAAAAACAACCCUGAAUGGUACCAGGGAGAGCCUGUGUGGCUCACGGCUAUGCGUAACAACCUGAAGGCAGGCACGUUCUUCUGGCCCGGCUCUGAUGUGGCCAUCAGUGGCCGGUUCCCAAACUACUACAUGAACUACAGCCGGGGCAUUCCGUUUGACAAGAGGGUCUCCACGCUGUUUGAAUGGCUCAAGCUGCCGCAGGGGAAGAGGCCAGACUUCUACACUUUGUACCUGGAGGAGCCAGACUCUGCAGGCCAUCAACAUGGACCCGACAGCAAGGAGGUGAAGGACGCCCUGAAGAACGUGGACCAGGUCAUCGGCUCCCUGAUGGAGGGCCUGAAGCAGAGAGGCCUGCAUCGCUGCGUCAACCUGGUCCUGCUCUCCGACCACGGCAUGGAGGAGGCUUCCUGUAGCCGCGCAGCCUACAUCUCCAACUACCAGAGCAACGUGGACGACUUCAUCAUCAUCCAGGGCCCCGCGCCCCGCAUCCGGCCCAAGCGCCUCCCAGAGGACUUCUUCACCUUCGACUACAAGGGGCUCGUAAAGAACUUGUCGUGCAGGGCAGAUGACCAGCCGAUGAGGCCCUACAUGAAGGAGGACCUGCCCAAGCGGCUGCACUUUGCCAACAACGUGCGCAUCGAGGCCGCCCACCUGUACAUGAGGGCCGGCUGGCAGGCCGCGCUCAAGCCUGACGGGGUCAAGUACUGCAAGGGGGGGUUCCAUGGCUCGGAUAACCUCUUUGACAACAUGCAGGCUGUGUUUAUUGGCUACGGACCACAUCUAAAGCAAAGGACUACAGUUCCCCCUUUUGAAAACAUUGAAGUUUACAACCUCUUGUGUGACCUGCUGGGCAUCACCCCAUCCCCUAACAACGGGACCCAUGGCAGUCUGAACCACCUUCUGAAGAGGCCGGUCCACCGGCCCGUGCACCCCGCCCAGCUGUCCCACGACGCGCCCUGCGGUGCCCUCUCAGCGCUGCCCAUGGGAGGCCUGGGCUGCAACUGCAGCUCCAUCUCCCCCACGGAGGUGGAAACCCUUAAUGCAAAACUCAUCCAAAUUAGCUCUGACUCUACGGAGGCAGCCCGCCUGCGACAGCGCCACCUCCCGUACGGCACCCCGCGGGUUCUCCAGGAGAACGCACACUUCUGCCUCCUCUACCAGGCGGACUACGUUAACGGCUUCAGCAGAGACGUACUGAUGCCCCUCUGGGUGUCCUACACCCUCCCGCCCCCGACCGGUGCCCAGCCUCCGAGCCCCGUGAACGAGUCCUGUGUGCGUGAAGAUGUACGCGUGCCGCCCAAUGCUAGCCAGACAUGCGAGCGCUACCACGAUGACCCCACCUUGACCUACGGCCUCCUUCACCCCCCCGUGUUGAGUCCUGUCGGAUUACAACCGGAUUCUCUGCUCUCAAGCAACAUGGCGCCAAUGUUUCCUGCAUUUAAAGAGGUCUGGACCUAUAUCCACACCGUCUUGGUGCAGAACUACUCCCAGGAGCUCAACGGUGUCAAUAUCGUCAGUGGGCCUAUAUUCGACAAAAACUACGACGGAAGGUUUGACACGCCCAAGAUUACUGCAGCGAACGAGGCGCCCAUCCCCACACAAUUCUUUGUGAUCCUGACCAGCUGCGCCGACGGCGGCCUCAGCCCCGAGCUGUGCGCAGGCCCCCUUCAGGUCCGCUCCUUCGUCCUGCCGCACCGACCCGACCACACAGAGACCUGCGCUAGCGGGCCAGACUACACGUGGGUGGAGGCGUGGAUGCUGCUCCACGUGUCGAGGGUCCGAGACGUGGAGCUGCUGAGCGGCCUGAGCUUCUACCAGGACAGGAUCUCAGUGGAGGAGACACUGCAGCUGAAGACCUUCCUGUACGAUGUGUAGCAUCACCCCCUACGCCAGUACUAGCAAUAAUCAUCAAUCAAUACACAGGGAAGAAAACGGGUUGAUUUACCAAAUGCUGCACAAGACAAUCGUCCACAUAGGGUUAGCACAGGUGAUGUGUGCAUAUAAAUGAAGCCUCACCCCUAUGUUUUAUCUAGGCUGCGGAAUCUUGAAACAGAGCAUCAGAGAACACAUUGUUGAAUCGUUGUUGACAUUUUCUGAACAUUUCUCUGAUCCAGAAUGAAUACAUAAUAGACAAAUAAGUAGAUUCUAUUCAUUCUUUCAAUUAUCAUGUUUUCAUGCUACCCAUGAAACAACGGUCACUUGUCCGCUGUUAAAGUAUUUUUUUGAUUUGUAUUUUUGAUAUUUUUGCUUAUAGAUCAUUAAUGCAGUAUUCAUUAAUUUGUAAUGUUUUUUUAUACGUCGGUUUAGACAUGGUGGUUUAAAUGUGUGUGUGUGUGUGUGUGUGUGUGUAUGUGUGUGUGUGUGUGUGUGUGUGUGUGUGUGUGUGUGUGUGUAUGUGUGUGUGUGUGUGUGUGUGUGUGUGUGUGUGUGUGUGUGUGUGUGUGUGUGUGCGUGUGCGUGUGUGCGCCCGUGCGCUGGUGUGUGUGAUGUGUUAACGUGCUGGUCCAAAGCAAUCAUGUGUGUGUCAACGAUUGACAAUUGAAACUUGAUUACAAAAGUCAUUUCUCUUGUCUGUCAUGCAAUUUCAUGGUCUGAAAAUUGUGAAAAUAAGCCAUCCUAAGAAAAAUGCAAUUUUAUAAAGCUGUUUUUGUACACUGACCUUUUGGCUUGUAUUCUAUGCUCAUUGUGCAUUUGUAAGGAUUUGUAAAUGGUUUUAGAUACUGGACAUAAAACAUGU